CCGGGUCCCUCAAACGGUGACCUCAAGGCCCAGAUCAUCCAUCAAACCACCGUCCUCCGCGCCGCCCAUGGCCUUGGCCCCGUCACCUGGAACGACGAACUCGCCGCCAAGAUGCAAGCAUGGGCCGACUCCAACCCGCAAAAGAACGGCGGCGGCCACGGCGGUCCGCCUGGCAACCAGAACCUCGCCGGCUUUGUCAUCUGCAACAACGACUGCAUGCACACGGCUGGCCCGGCCUGGAACUGGUACUCGAGCGAGGAAAAGCUCUGGGACUACGACAGCAACCAGAGCAAGGACGGCAACUGGAUGACGACGGGUCAUUUCUCCAACUCGAUGGACCCGGGUGUCAACCAAGUAGCGUGCGGCUACUCGACGUACUACAACCCAAACAUUGGCAAGGACGACUCGCUGGUGUGGUGCAACUACCUCGGUGGCACCAACGGCAAGAUCCCGCGUCCGUCGGCGGACCAGGCGACGCUCGUCAAGCAGAUUCUGGCCUAA